UGGCGCCGCGUGAGUCCCCCACUGGCUGCUCUGAAAAGCCAUCUUUGCAUUGUUCCUGCGUCCUGCUCGCCGCAGCCUCCUCCGCCGCGCGCCUCCUCAGCCGCCGCCGACUCCGGCAGCUCCCUCGCCCGAGUCCCCCCCCCAACUCCCUCGCUUUCUUUUUUUCGUCCCCUCGCUGCACCGGAUCACCGGCGUGCCCUCCCCCCCCACCGCCACCAUGUCAGACGCGGCCGUGGACACCAGCUCCGAGAUCACCACCAAGGACUUGAAGGAGAAGAAGGAAGUUGUGGAGGAGACGGAGAAUGGAAGAGACGCUCCUGCCAACGGGAGUGCAGCUAAUGAGGAAAAUGGGGAGCAAGAGGCUGAUAAUGAGGUAGAUGAAGAAGAAGAAGAAGGUGGGGAGGAAGAGGAGGAGGAGGAAGAAGGUGAUGGUGAGGAGGAGGAUGGAGAUGAAGAUGAGGAGGCCGAUGCAGCUACAGGCAAACGGGCAGCUGAAGAUGAUGAGGAUGAUGAUGUUGAUACCAAGAAGCAGAAGACUGAUGAGGAUGACUAGACAGCAAAAAAGGAAAAGUUAACUCAAAAAAGGCCGCCGUGACCUAUUCACCCUCCACUUCCCGUCUCAGAAUCUAAACGUGGUCACCUUCGAGUAGAGAGGCCCGCCGCCCUCUGCGGCAGCGUCACCAAGCUCUCCACCACCCCACCAAAACCACAACGAGAAUUUGCAACAGGGGAGGAAAAUACCAAAACUUCCAAGGCCCUGCUUUUUUUCUUAAAAGUACUUUAAAAAGGAAAAUUUGUUUGUAUUUUUUAUUUACAUUUUAUAUUUUUGUACAUAUUGUUAGGGGUCAGCCAUUUUUAAUGAUCUCGGAUGACCAAACCAGCCUUCAGAGCAUUCUGUCCUACUUCUGACUACUUGUGGUGUGACCAUGUUCAUUAUAAUCUCAAAGGAGAAAAAAAACCUUGUAAAAAAAGCAAAAACAACAACAAAAAAAUCUUAUUCCGAGCAUUCCAGUAACUUUUUUUGUGUAUGUACUUAGCUGUACUAUAAAGUAGUUGGUUUGUAUGAGAUGGUUAAAAAGGCCAAAGAUAAAAAGGUUUCUUUUUUUCCUUUUUUUUGUCUAUGAAGUUGCUGUUUAUUUUUUUUGGCCUGUUUGAUGUAUGUGUGAAACGAUGUUGUCCAACAAUAAACCGGAAUUUUAUUUUGCUGAGUUGUUCUAACAAA